CCUUGGUUACUCUCCGAUCUACACAUUCUUCUUCCCUUUUGAGCCUUUACCUCUUCACUAGGACUUCAACUAAGUUUAUUAUCUUGAUUCUAUAGCCAGAACUUCUGGAGAUCUCUGCUAAUCACGUGUUUAGUUAGUAUGGCGAAACUCAAGGCACAUGAAGAACUCUCCACUAAUGCGAAUACUAUCAAAGCUCGCAACUGCGUCUCCAACCUUACUGAAGAUGAGAAGGCUGUUCACUUAGCACUCAAGGCUGACCAUGCUGAUCUGAGCUACUACUUAAAGAAGUUAUAUAAGUCUGCAAAGUACAAGACACGUCUACAGAAUGAAUUGAAGGUUGAGCGUAUUUGUGUUCGGACUGAGAAGGGUACCCAUGCAUCUUGCAUUGCGAAUCAGAAAGUCAAGAAUAUUAGCGCCUCUUCUUCUCCACAAGCCCCACCAUCUACUCCGCCCAAACAACUUCUGUCUGAGCUUGCUGCAUUUGAGGCGCGAGAUAUUUUAAAUGACGAGGCUGUUCUACCAGAUGAGCUUUCCGAUGAAGAGAUCACUAGCACCCAGGCUCUCUUAACUCAAGCGCACAUUGAUGCCCAUGAAGAGUCCAAUUUCCGCAAGUGGCAACAUUUCUGGGAUAGCUGUAUCCACUCAUAUACGAGAAAGGCUGGAAAGCUGAGAAAGAAGCCUGAGCGUCUCUUUGAGUAUAUGCCGUGGAUUGAUGUAGAGGAAGGCUUCAAAGAGGCGUUCUUACUUGUCUACUCUAAGAAGUUUGAUAAGGAAAAGUGGGCUAAGGUAUCAGCUGCACAGGAUAUGUUGUUCCUGGAGCUAGAGUAG